CCACAGAGAACCUGCACAGACUCCUCAGCAGUCGAACUCCUCUCAGAUAAAGUCACAACAUUUCAUUUGAAUUUUGUGAGUUUUCAUACCCAGAAUGCUUUGCAAGAACCUGUUGCUCAUCUGUAUGGCUGUUUUCAUCUGUGCAGAUGCUGAACACAAUUCAGGACUCAACAGAGCGCCCUCCUGCGACGGGAUAACAAGAAAUCAAGAAACAAGAAAGCAUUGUCCUCUGUUACUUUUUCCCGUGUGGGGCAGUGACGGCCUCGUCUACUUGAACGAAUGUAUGCUGUGUGUAAGCAGACUGGUGAACAAUGCUGACAUUACCAUUGUUGGUGAGACAGACUAAAAUCCUAACAUGUCCUUCCUGUUGAGAUAAAAUGUGUCAUCUUGACUUAGCUUUUAGCAUGUAGCACUGUUACACAUAAUAAUUAGUAGUCCAUAGUGUCAUAUGUUUGUAAGGACAUUUAAAAACAUCUCAUGAAUAAAUGUUUCCUUCAUC